GCAGGAGCGCUAAUGAGCAGGCUGAGAGCAACCCAACACAGAUCUCCCGUCAGCUCAGGAGCAGCAGCAACUCUGACGGCAUCUGAGGCAACGGAGGCACAGGACUGAUCUGCAGUCAGCGGCGAGGCGGCAGGGAAAGGCGUUAGGAGAGAGGUCGCGAGGUGGCUUCAAAGGCAAAUUAGCAGUUGAGAUAGUGAGAGGAGAGACAGCAGACCGCCCACCCCCCCCCUAUACACUCGGAGGCUGACCCACAGCAGCGCACGCUCUCUUUCUGAAGACGAAGGACCUCUUCCCCUCCCCAGAGGAGUUCAGCCAUGGAGGAGAUGCUCACCUGCAACCGCAGCCCUUUCUCCCAGGUGUUUGGGCGUCAGGGUCAGCUCAUGCAAGCCACUGUGCAAUCUCUGAACAGCUUGAAUGACCAGAUUGCGAGCAUCAUGGUGACUGGACCCAAGCCGCAGGAGCAGGAGCAGCCCGUCUUUCCUCCUCCUGAGAAGGAGCCGCUGCAGAAGUCCAUGACGCUGAUGAGGCACCUUCUUGUGGAUGCACAGGCAAAAAUCCUGAAAAUGAUGGAUGACAACAAGCAGUUGGCUCAGCGCAUCGAUGGGGCCAUUCAGUCCGCCAGCCAGGAGGUGACCAACCUGCGGUCAGAGCUGAGCGCCACCAGCCGCAGACUGGCCGAGCUGGGGGCAACCGACUCUGCCAGCAUGCUGGAGACCCUGCAGCAAAACCACAACGAUCCCUCUUCCCACCCGAGGCAGAAGCCGUCGGCCACUGACCUCUGCUACAAGACUGAAAUCAGCAGUCUAAUGGACUUCCACUCUCCGGACGCUUCUCUGGACAAAGUCCUGCUGCGUGAGGAGGUGGCCCAGCUCCAGGAGGAGGUGCACCUGCUGCGGCAGAUGAAGGACAUGUUGAGUAAGGACCUGGAGGAGACCCAGGGAGGCUGCUCGGCCGACGUGCUCUCCGCCACCGAGCUCCGCGUGCAGCUGGCCCAGAAGGAGCAGGAGCUGGACCGUGCCAAGGAGGCUCUGCAAGCCAUGAAGUCGGACCGCAAGCGCCUGAAGGUGGAGAAAGCAGACCUGGUGAACCAGAUGCAGCAGCUUUAUGCCACGCUGGAGAGCCGGGAGGAGCAGCUCCGCGACUUCAUACGCAACUAUGAGCAGCACAGAAAAGAGAGCGAGGAUGCGGUGAAGGCACUGGCCAAAGAGAAGGACCUGCUGGAGCGAGAGAAGUGGGACCUGCGGCGGCAGACCAAGGAAGCCUCGGAGCACACGGGGAUGCUGCGCUCCCAGCUCGACCUCAAGGAGAACCGCAUCAAGGAGCUGGAGGCUGAACUGGCCAUGAUGAGUAACUCUGUCAAUCAGAGAAUGGAGAUCCGGGUGUUUGAGCGGGUUGCGGACAGGGACUACUCUCCUAGGGUCAUGGCGGCCAAACAGUCACUAGCAACCCUGACCAAGGAUGUGCCCAAGCGUCACUCUCUGGCCAUGCCCACGGAAACGGUUGUCAACGGCAACAACCAGGAGUGGGUGAUGCAGGCUGACCUUCCGCUGACCGCUGCCAUCAGACAGAGUCAGCAGACCCUCUACGUCCACACGGGCCAUCCCACAGACAGACAAGUGGCUGCCGUGCGAGUGAGCCCGUGCCACUCGCGUCAGCCCUCCAUCAUCUCCGAUGCCUCGGCGUUGGAGGGAGACCGGUCAUCCACACCGAGCGACAUCAACUCGCCACGCCAUCGGACUCACUCCCUCUGCAAUUCCCUAGAAGAUCUGGAGGAGGCGAAGCGUAAGAAGAAGAAAGAGAAGAUGGGGCUGGGCUCUCUGUCGCGUGUCUUCGCCCGGGGGAAGCAGCGCAAGUCCCUUGACCCUGGUUUGUUUGAUGACUCAGACUGCCUCUCCAGCCCCACCCGCCACAGCCUCAGCCUGUCCGACGGGUCGGAGGACCAGCUGGACCGCCUCCAGCAGGUGGAGCUGGCCAGGAUGACGCCCAUGUCCCAGUGGAGGGCCGGCACCGUGCAGGCCUGGCUGGAGGUUGUGAUGGCGAUGCCAAUGUACAUCCGCACCUGCUCAGACAAUGUCAAGAGUGGAAAGGUUUUACUUGGACUAACGGAUGAAGACCUGGAGCUGGGUUUAGGUGUCAGCAGUUUAAUGCAUCGCCGGAAACUCCGCCUGGCCAUUGAGGAUUACAGAGAUGCUGAGAAUGGUAGAGGGCUGUCCAAGGCUGCAGACAUGGACCACCACUGGGUUGCCAAAGCCUGGUUAAGUGACGUGGGCCUGCCUCAGUACUCCCAGGCCUUUCACAACCACUUGGUAGACGGGCGUCUGCUGAACUCCCUGACACGUCGCGACCUUGAACGCCACCUCAACAUCACCAAGAAGUUCCACCAGGUCAGCCUGCUGCUGGGCAUCGAACUGCUGCACUUACUCAAUUUUGACAAGGAGGCACUGCAGGCUCGUCGGAUACAGUGUGAGCACCAGAAUGUGGAUCCGUUGGUGUGGACCUCUCACCGGGUCAUGAAAUGGAUCAAGGAAAUUGACCUGAGGGAGUUUGCAGAAAGUCUUCUCAGCAGUGGAGUUCAUGGCGCCGUCAUGGUGCUUGACCCCACUUUUAACGUUGACGCCAUGGCAACAGCACUGGGGAUCCCGAGCAACAAGCACAUGGUCCGCCGACACCUUGUUGAGGAGAUGAAAACCUUGAUUGUCCCAGCCAGGACGGAUGCCAAGCAGGACUACGAGCACCUCGACCUGGGAACACCACCGACCCUCCUUCGCCAGAACUCCCUGGGCAGACCGCCCAGCUCCACCGGCCGACACACGGAUGACGAAGGCUCGCUGAGGAGGAGGGCUGUCAAGCCUCCAACAGGCUUCAGCCCCAAAGCUCGCAAUGGGCGAGACCUGAGUUGUCAUAGCAGCUACGGCUCCCUGCCUCGGGAGGUUCGAGACCAGACUCCGCCCAGAGCUGAGGGAAGCCCGAUCCACGGCUACACCAGCAUCGAGGUCACCAACGUUUGACGUCAUCACAGUGAGACCAAACACCGGUUGCCAGCUUCAUCACAGCUAAAUCUACACCAUGGACGUUUGUCAUGUGUACCUGAACAUGAGACGGUUAUUUUCUCCAGAGAUGAGAACUUACAGGACAGAUUGCACUUUUUAAAACAAGACAGGAUUAUUUUUUACAAGUCUCCUGGUUUAACAAAAUGUUCGUUGUGCGCAGGUGGUAUUUUGAUGUUGAUGUCAGAGGGCAGGGGUUUCUCUCACCUGAAUCAAGAGAUGCAGGACGCAAGUUAAUAAAUGAUUAUUUUUCUAUUUUUUUUUGUGUCUAAAUGGUUCUUUGUGAAUCAGGAUUUGACUUGGCAAUUUGGUUUUGUUGACUGGAUGCUAGUGACUGUUUCUCUGAGGGAAAUUAGAAUUUUUCUUUUUGUAUAAUACAGGGUACUUGAUGACAAAAUGAAAAAAAAGUUUCAUAUCAAUGUAAAUUGUUCUUGUUUCAUUCAGUUCUGCUGUUUGUGAUGCCUUGUCAGUGUAGCUGAGGACAGUGGAGGGGAAAAAAAGACUUGAAUUGAAUUUUAAAUUCUAGAGUUUAUGUUUGAUAGUCAUUUUUUUCAUCUUGCACAUUUACACAGUCGUGUCUCAACAGAUGUAGCACCCUCUUCUGAUGUUUUAUACUGUGAAGUAAAUGUGGAAAAAAGAAUUGAACAAUGGCAACAAAAGAUGACUGCAGAGAAGUAUGUCCAUAGAAGCCUCAGGGCUGAAAGAUGUGAGGAUGCAUAUAUGUAAAAAUGAUAAAGUUCCUUUUAAUGAAAUAAAGAUGACGUCUUACA